AUGGAAGAAAUCUUAUAUGACUGGAAAAAAUUAUACUUGACAAACGAGGAAGACGCCAAGCUUAGUCUUUCAAGAUCCAAAAAUUUAAGAAACAAGGAGUACAUAUUGGCGGCCAAGUUCCUUACCAAAAGAGCUCUUAACAUGGAAGCAAUUGGUCACACGUUCAAACCCUUAUGGAGAGCCAAAAAGGAUUUUAAAGUGCGCGAAGCGGGAGAUCACAUUCUUCUAUUUGUCUUCAAACUCAAAGCAGAUGCAGAGUGUGUUCUAGCUAACGAACCUUGGACGUUCGACAAACACGCAGUCCUCCUACAGUGGUUCGAUGGGUCAACGCCAAUGAGGUAUCUAAGGUUCAUGAAACUGAAAUUCUGGGUGCAAAUAUACGGCUUACCGAUACAUAUGUUGGAUCCAGAGACGGCAAUCAAAAUAGGAGAAACUCUCGGUCAAGUAACUCCAUGCGAGAAUCCUAAUGAGUUGGUGGGGGGUGAUUUUUUACGUGUUCAUGUGGAGAUUGAUGUCUCAAAACCUCUCUGUUGA